UUUUUCCAUGGUCAAGUUUAUUCACGUUUUCUUGGUGUUAUGAUUUUAGGAUGAAUCUGAGGAUGAUAAGUACAACGAAUUCGAGACAUCGGAAUUCGGAGAAAGGGACUCACAAGAACACAAGCUGCCAGCUCUCGGAGCUUCACUCGCCGUCCCAGUGGUGUCUGCCUCGACGUCAAUGGCCUUGCCAUCCCAUGGUAUGCAGGAGCUCCUCUUGCCAUCUCGUGGUAUACGGCAGCUUCUCUCGCCCAUGCCUUCUCUCUCUACCUUCCCCGCCCACACAUCCAUUAGCGUCUCCAUGGAGCGCUCCGCGUCCCCGAGGAUUGUCUGCCGCUCUGGCUUUUUGAAGUCUGCAGCCGCGGUCAAGGUCAUAGUCUCCAAUGGCAGGCCGGACGGCGAGCGGGGAGAGAUUCGGCUCGGUUUGCCAAGCAAAGGGCGCAUGGCCGGCAACACUCUCGACCUCCUCAAGCGUUGCCAAUUGUCAGUCGAGCAGCUUAAUCCUCGACAGUAUGUUGCGGACAUUCCACAGCUCUCUAAUUUGCAAGUCUGGUUUCAGCGACCAGAGGACAUCGUAAGAGAAUUGUUAUCUGGACAUCUAGACAUUGGAAUAGUUGGUUUAGACACAGUUAGUGAAUAUGGACAGGGUAACAAAGAUCUUAUUAUUGUUCACGAAGCUCUUGAUUAUGGGCAUUGCCGUUUGUCUCUUGCAAUUCCCAAGUAUGGGAUCUUUGAGAAGAUCAAAUCGAUGAAGGAGCUAGCGCUAAUGGCCCAAUGGACUGACAAGAAACCACUCAGAGUUGCUACUGGUUUCACCUACCUGGGGCAUAAGUUCAUGAAAGAAAAUGGACUGAAGUAUGUGAGCUUUUCAACUGGUGAAGGAGCAUUGGAGGCAGCUCCUGCAAUGGGGACUGCUGAUGUUAUUUUGGACGUUGUAAGUAGUGGGACAACAUUAAGAGAAAAUAACUUAAAAGAAAUUGAAGGUGGGACAGUGUUGGAAAGCCAGGCUGUUCUUGUGGCAAGCAGGAAGUCACUAGUCCAACGGGAAGGUGUUCUUGACACAACUCACAAGAUUCUUGAAAGAUUGGAGGCACAUCUUGAGGCAGUUAGCCAGUCAAUGGUAACAGUGAAUAUGACAGGGAGUAGUGCAGAGGAAGUCGCUAAGCGAGUACUGAGUCUACCAUCGCUCUCUGGUUUGGAGGGACUUACUGUAAGUCCAGUCUUUCGCAAACGUGAUGAAGAAGUGGUUGCGGACUGCUAUGCAAUAAGCAUUUGUGUUCCUAAAAAUAUGCUCGAUAUCUCUGUGCAGCAGUUGAGAGCAAUCGGGGCAAGUAGAGUUCUUGUAUCUCCGUUGACUUGCAUUUUAGAUGAAGGGUCUCCCAGAUGGCAGCAGCUUCUGUCCGAACUCAGGCUUUAGUUCUCAGUGGCCGGCCGGUGUUCAGGUUGGCUAGAAGUGCCUGAGUUGGAGAACGGGCUUUUGGAGAAGAUAGAGGAGAGGGUAAAAUUUACCAGGAAUGGUGGUAUCUUUGUUAUGUUGGUAGCUUUGCCAUAUCUGUUCUUUAGAUUUGUGAUUUCUUUUCCCCUUUGUUUGGUUUAUGGCGAUCGGUUUUAGAAUCUAAGGAAGUAUGGGAACAUCCUAAAGUUUAUUUUUCAACAUAAUUUGUAAGUGAUAUGUCAUUGAUGACAAUCAGCGUGGAUGGCGAUUCCACGAGGCACUUUGGAA